CUCGGGCGGAUGGAUGGAUGAGAUUUGGGCCAUCGCAGCUGCCGUAGCAAGAGGAGGAGGAGAACAGGAUUGGUUCUUUGACGUGGAAAAUUUCCGUGAAGAGACGAUGAAGGAGUAACAGUAACUGCUGCACUCAACUCCACGUUCUCCCGCAUCCAUCUCAAAUCAUAGACGGGGUUUUGUUCCGGUGAGUCCCGGUCAGUCGUGGGUUCAGGAGAGGAAACAGACUCCAGUCUACGUCCAACUGAGGCCUUGCUGGUUCCCCGCCUCCUGCCUCCAGCUACAGUCAUGAUAAAAGCCAUUCUAAUAUUCAACAACCAUGGCAAACCAAGGCUUUCCAAAUUCUACGAGCACUAUACUGAGGACACGGAGCAGCAGAUCAUCAGAGAAACAUUUCACUUGGUCUCGAAAAGAGAUGAGAACGUCUGUAAUUUCCUGGAGGGUGGAAUGUUAAUUGGAGGAUCAGACUACAAACUAAUCUACAGACAUUAUGCCACACUCUACUUUGUGUUUUGCGUGGACUCUUCAGAGAGUGAAUUAGGAAUUUUGGACUUAAUCCAGGUAUUUGUGGAGACGCUCGACAAGUGCUUUGAAAAUGUCUGUGAGCUUGACCUAAUUUUCCACGUAGACAAGGUGCACAACAUCCUGGCAGAGAUGGUGAUGGGUGGAAUGGUCCUGGAGACUAACAUGAAUGAAAUCAUCACACAGGUGGACGCUCAGAACAAGAUGGAGAAGUCUGAGACGUUUAUCUUUCAGUCUACCAGGCAGGACAGGUAGACACAGGCUGGCAUUGCAGGAGCGCCCGCUCGUGCCGUAUCGGCUGUAAAGAACAUGAACCUUCCGGAAAUGCCCAGAAACAUCAACAUUGGUGAUAUCAGCAUAAAAGUGCCAAAUUUACCUUCCUUCAAAUAGUGGCAGCAAGUCCAUGGAUCAGCGACGUUAGCCAAUGUUUACCAUGACGCAAUCUGUUUACCAACACCUCAAAUAAGUAACUUUGAUCAAAAGUAUACAUCUUGAAGGUACUGUGUGGUUUGUCACUCCCUGUUUUAGUGUUAUCACUGUGUUUCUCCUUUAAAAAACAGAGUGUUAUAAGUGAUUUGUUUGUUUUGUUUUGUUUUUUUCCUGUUGGAAGGAACAUUUAAGUAUUUAUUUGUGAGUGGUACAUUCCUUUUGCCUCACUGGAGGUCAGCCCAUUGCAUUCAGCUGCUAAAGUCCAGAUUCCUGUCAGUUUGGAACUGAUAACUUACACUUAUUCUCAAGUUUACUUAAAGGUGCAAAAAUGGCUGGUAAUAAAGUCUUAGCUAAAAAACAAAAAACAAAACAACAUUUAAAGUUUAGCAGAUCCGCUACAGACUGUCAUGUGAUGGCGUAUUUGUAAAGUCAUGUGAUGGCGUAUUUGUAAAAUUAGUGCAUAUAAUAAUUCAACGAUAUUAUUAUAUUGCUUUGUAACAGAAGUCUGGAAGGUAUAUAUGCUGAAAUUAACAUUUCUCUAUUGUUUGUAUGCAAAAUAUUUUUAAAUGAUUUCUCAAGUCUUAACAGAUUAUUGAUUGAUUUUAUUCUUUGCAUGAGCCUUUUUUCUCCUCUUUUUCAAUGUAAUAAAUUCUUAAAACGCAGAA